AUGGCAGACAAGACCGAGAGGCCUGUGGCAGAACAGGAUGACGACAUCGGGAAGGAUGUUGACACGCCUAUAGUGGGAGGUUUGACCAUGCCGGCGAGGUUGGCGGCGCUCAGCGAGGACGAGUACGAACGGUUGGGUCGCAAGGCGACUCUGAAGAUGGACUUGGUAAUCAUGCCCAUCAUGGUGAUCAUGUAUGUUCUCAACUACCUGGACAGGCAAAACAUUGCGUCGGCGAAGCUGGCCAACAUCGAGCGCGAUCUGAACCUGAGCACUGUUCAGUAUCAGACGACUGUCUCGAUUCUUUUCGUUGGUUAUAUCCUGAUGCAGAUCCCUUCCAACAUGAUUGUGGGAAAAAUCAAAUGGCCAGGUCUGUAUAUCUGUCUCGGAAUGGCUGCUUGGGGUAUCGUCAGUGCCCUGAUGGCAAUUGUUCACAACUACGGUGGCCUACUCGCCGCCCGCAUCUUUCUCGGCUUUGUCGAGGCCAUCUUCUUCCCCGGCGCGCUGUACUUCCUGUCGCUCUUCUACAAUCGAAGACAGUACGCUUUCCGAACCGCCAUUCUCUACUCGGGAUCCCAGCUUGGCAAUGCCUUUGGAGGUCUUUUUGCAAUCGCCAUUCUCAACCUCGACGGGAAGUAUGGGCUCGAGGGGUGGCGGUGGUUGUUCCUUGUGGAGGGCGUCAUGACCACCGGCUUGGCAAUCCUUUUUGCGUUCAUUCUGCCCAAUUCCAAUAAGAGAAUCUUGACCUUGACGGAGCAAGAGUGCGAGUGGGUUCAGUGGAACUUUAUCAAGGACCAGGGGCAGGAGGACAACUCGGACGAGAUAACUGCGACCAGGGGCCUGAUCUUGGCGCUGACCGACAUCAAGACAUGGCUGCUCUGCGGCACCCUGUACGCAACAUACAUCGUCGGGGCCGUCGUCAACUUCUUCCCCUCGGUCGUGGGCGGGCUCGGCUACGACCGCAACACGACCUACGGUCUGACGGCUCCCCCGUUCAUCCUUUGCGUCUUUUGCAUGCUCAUCAACGGCUUCCACUCCGACCGAACCCAAGAAAGAUUCUGGCACGUGGUGGGCCCGCUGGGCGUGACGCUGGUGGCCAACGUGAUCGCCGUCUCGACUUUGUCAAUCGGGGCGAGGUACACGGCCAUGAUGCUGCUCCCGGCGUCGUUUUAUUCGUCGGCCGUCGUGACGCUCUCGUGGAUCACGGGAUCGCUCUCGCAGCCGGCAGCGAAGCGCGCAUCCGCCAUCGCGCUCAUCAACGCGCUGUGCAACACGCCCAACAUCUGGGCGAGCUACCUUUACGGCGGCGCGCCGCGGUUCCUGGUGGCCUUCAUCGUAAACCUCGGUGCCACGGGGCUGGCCAUGGGCUUUGCUGCCGCGACGAGGGUAUACCUAGGCAGGCAGAACGCGAAGCUGGAUCGUGGUCAGUCGCUGGGGAAGAACGGACCGACGGAAGCGCAGCUCGCGGGGAACUACCGAUAUUUGCUGUGA